CGCUCGCUCCCACACAGUGGACCAAGCAAGCAGCCGACUAGCAUGCCGCAGUAGUAGACUCCGAUCCUCCGCGGAUCGCCUGCUCUCCACACCUACAGAUUAGCUAGCGAAGAUACUAGCUCCGCACACUCUUCUGCUGGCCCUGUGCAGACAGUGUUCCCUGAUCUUCUCCGUCCGACGCGCGCGCACAUGGAUGCAGCUGGUCUUCCCUGAUCUUGCUAACUUGGAUCGUCUCUACACCACCACACGUACGGCGGCAGGCGAGAGGUGGUUGCAAUCUGGGCGUUCGUGCAUGGAUACCUGGCUAGCUUCUGGGUGAUCUGCAGAGAGCAAUGAUCUAGACAGCCAGGCCCCAGGCAGGGAAGAAGCCCGGCCGGCCGCUCGUCCCGGACCACGCACGCACGCGCGGAUCACACGAGCGGCAUUGGCCGCCGCACGCGCGCAGGCAGGGCUCGGCCUCGUCGUCGGUCCUCGUCUCCGCUCCGGCCAUGGCGGCGCUGGCGAGCACGGAGAAGGUGGUGCUGGGGUGCAUCGCGUUCGGCAUCUUCUGGGUGCUGGCCGUGUUCCCCUCGGUGCCCUUCAUGCCCCUGGGCCGCACCGCGGGCUCCCUCCUGGGCGCCAUGCUCAUGGUGCUCUUCCGCGUCAUGACCCCGGACCAGGCCUACGACGCCAUCGACCUCCCGAUCCUGGGCCUCCUCUUCGGCACCAUGGUGGUCAGCAUCUUCCUCGAGCGCGCCGACAUGUUCAAGUACCUCGGCAGCGCGCUCGCCUGGCGGAGCCGGGGCAGCAAGGACCUGCUCUUCCGCGUCUGCCUCGUCUCCGCCGUCGCCAGCGCGCUCUUCACCAACGACACCUGCUGCGUCGUGCUCACCGAGUUCAUCCUCAAGCUCGCGCGCCAGAACAACCUGCCGCCGCAGCCCUUCCUGCUGGCGCUCGCCUCCAGCUCCAACAUCGGCUCCGCCGCCACGCCCAUCGGCAACCCGCAGAACCUCGUCAUCGCCGUCCAGAGCGGCAUCACCUUCGGCCAGUUCCUCGUCGGGGUCUUCCCGGCCAUGAUCGUCGGCGUCAUCACCAACACCUGCAUCCUGCUCUGCUACUUCUGGAAGUACCUCUCCGUGGCGGAGAAGGACCAGGAGGGGGGCGCCGCCGCCGCCGGCCCGGAGGUCGUCGCCGACGACGAGGUCACCUCGCACCGCUUCACGCCCGCCCGGAUGUCGCACGCCUCCUCCGUCAACGGCGUCGACGCCGACUGCGUCAGCGAGCCCAUCCGCCGGAGCGACAGCCUCAACAGGGCCGACACGCACAGCAUGCGGAGCCGGAGCUACAACUCCGAGGGCGACAUCCAGGUCGCCAUCAGGUCCAUGCGCGCCUCCAGCAUGUCGCAGGAGAUGGUGGAGGUGUCCACCGUCUGCGACAGGCGCGACGACGGCGUGGUGGGCCCCAGGAAGAUCACCAGGACCACCAGCCACCAGCGGAGCGUCAUCAUCGAGGACGCGCCCGAGGCCGAUGCCAAGGACGGCGAGAAGGGCAAGGACGCUGGCGAGGUGAAGGAGAAGAGGUGGAAGGUGCUCCUGUGGAAGACUUCUGUGUACCUCACGACCCUUGGCAUGCUCGUCGCCCUGCUCAUGGGGCUCAACAUGUCCUGGUCCGCUAUCACUGCUGCUCUCGUACUCCUGGCACUCGAUUUCACUGACGCACAGGCUUGCCUGGAGAAGGUGUCAUACUCAUUGCUAAUCUUCUUCUGCGGGAUGUUCAUAACCGUCGCCGGCUUCAACAAAACCGGCAUUCCCAACGCGCUCUGGGAGCUGGUCGAGCCGCAUUCCAGAAUCGAUAGCGCCAAGGGCACUGCGCUUCUCGCAGUUGUUAUCCUUGUUCUUUCCAAUGUGGCAUCAAAUGUUCCAACAGUUCUGCUGCUCGGCUCAAGGGUGGCAGCAUCAGCAGCUGCGAUCUCCCCUGCUUCAGAGAAGAAGGCCUGGCUCAUCCUAGCCUGGGUCAGCACGGUGGCCGGCAACCUGACUCUGCUGGGCUCGGCCGCGAACCUGAUCGUGUGUGAGCAGGCGCGGCGUGCGCAGUUCUUCGGGUACAACCUCACCUUCUGGAGCCACCUCCGCUUCGGCGUGCCGUCGACCAUCAUCGUCACCGCGAUCGGCCUGCUCAUCGUCGCCAGCUACUGAAAUCAACAUUGGAGUACAGAAGUGAACUGAGUACCUGAAAAAGGAAGGAAACACCAUUGCAGAUGGGGAUGUAACUGAGAAAGAAGGUGUUGUACUGAUAGGUUUCUGUUGUAACUGUGUUAUGUUUGUGUAAACGUUCGCGCAAGCGGAGCGCGAACGCGGCGGAUCGCCCAUCUGCUAAGGCAAAUAAUGGGCAAAGGUUGUAGUAGACGAUGGCACGAGCACGACGAAGUGGUCGGCACACCUGUUCUGAGGCGAAAACUUUCGGUCUGGUAGUGCAGGUUGGAUUGCUGGGGGAAAUGGUAUCGUAAGGUAAACUUUUCAGGUUUUUGUGUUGUCAGGGGAAACUGUGUUUGUAAACUUCUGCCGAUGAAAAAAGGGCUAUGCCAAGCUUUGCAAUUUGUACUGCAUUAUUAUUAGUAAUAAGAAGUUGAAAUCUGGCUCAA